UCGUAUCUUCAUGUAGGACCUCCUACCUAUACCAACCGCUGCGGUGACUCUCACCUGCCAUGCUUUAACUUGUGCAACAGAGACGCUGCCCCUGGGAGAGGCGGGGAAGAACGGGUUAACUGGAGAGUGGGGCGCGGGUUAGGCCCUGGGUGAUGAGGAACGAGGGAGGGUGAACUUCCCCUCAGAGACUCUGGUGGGGGAAAUAUGCUUUGCGUCAAUAAAACUGUGCAGGUGCACAGUCAAGAACAGAGGCUGGGAAAACCAAAGAAGUAUCUUGGAGAUGACUUGUGAACUGCGGAAACAUUUGAGGAAAGAGGCUUCAAUUUAAUGUUGGGCUUCAUCAUCAGGCCUCCUCACCAGCUCCUGUCCCUUCUUUUGUGUCCUGGACUCCGGAUACCUCGACUCUCAGUACUUUGUGCUCAGCCCAGACUCAGAGCCAUGGCUGUCUCCUCUUCCUCCUGGGAACUACCCCUGGUGGCUGUGUGCCAGGUAACAUCGACACCAGACAAGGAGCAGAACUUUAUAACAUGUGCUGAGCUGAUUCGGGAGGCUGCCAGACUGGGCGCUUGCCUGGCUUUCCUGCCUGAGGCAUUUGACUUCAUUGCACGGAACCCUGAAGAGACGCUUCACCUGUCUGAGCCACUGGGUGGGAACCUUUUGGGAGAAUAUACCCAGCUUGCCAGGGAAUGUGGACUCUGGCUGUCCUUGGGUGGUUUCCAUGAGCGUGGCCAAGACUGGGAGCAGACUCAGAAAAUCUACAAUUGUCAUGUGAUUCUGAACAACAAGGGGUCAGUAGUGGCCACGUAUAGGAAGACGCAUCUGUGUGACGUAGAGAUUCCAGGGCAGGGGCCUAUGCAUGAAAGCAACUCUACCAUACCUGGGCCCAGUCUUGAGUCUCCUAUCAGCACACCAGCAGGCAAGAUUGGUCUAGCUAUCUGCUAUGACAUGCGGUUCCCUGAACUCUCUCUGGCAUUGGUUCAGGCUGGAGCAGAAAUACUUACCUACCCUUCAGCGUUUGGAUCUGUUACAGGCCCAGCCCAUUGGGAGGUGUUGCUGCGGGCCCGUGCCAUUGAAAGCCAGUGCUACGUAGUGGCGGCAGCACAGUGUGGACGCCACCAUGAGAAGAGAGCAAGUUAUGGCCAUAGCAUGGUGGUAGAUCCCUGGGGAACAGUGGUGGCCCGCUGCUCUGAAGGACCAGGCCUCUGCCUUGCCCGAAUUGACCUCAAUUAUCUGCGACAGUUGCGCCAACACCUGCCUGUGUUCCAGCAUCGUAGGCCUGAACUCUAUGGCCAUCUGGGUCACCCACUGUCUUAAGACUUUUGACUUCUGUCCGUUGAGACCCCCAUUGUGAGCUGGUGUUGCUGUGACUUGUAGGCACGACCCAGGUGCAGCUCCCCUCACUUGGAGAACCUUGUCUCUCUUGCUGGAACACAGGCUCAGCUUCUUGGGAAAGAAGAAACUUUCACCUGAGCUCAGAUUUCAGUUUCAGAAAGUGGAAUUUUAUAUAGUCACUGUUUAUUUCAUGAAAACUGAAGUUAUGCUGAGGGCUGAGCAGCACUGGCAAUGAAAAAAAUAUAAUAA